CCCAUGGCCGGGGAGAUGCCGGGGGAGCCCCGCACGCUGCGGCUGCAGCACGGGAACCGCAUCGAGGCCCUGUGCGUGCUGGGCGGCCACGUCCGCGCCGACGUCUUCGGGGCGGCCCCCGCCGGGGCCGUGGCCUUUGGCGUGAAGCACACGGAGGGGGUCAGCGUGGACGUGCUGUUCCGCGGCCGCGCCGAGCCCGAGGCCGUGUCCGGCGCUGGCGCACGGUGGCCGCUGGACGAGGGGACGGUGCUGAGGUUCAGCAUGAGCCGGGCCAGCUCCGAGGUCAACGACAACAAGGUCACCGUCAGCUUUUACGCAGAGGGAGGGAAGCCCAUCAACCAAGCCGGGGUGUUCCUCACUGGCGUUGGAAUCUCCCUGGAUGUGGACGCGGAUCGGGAUGGAGUGGUGGAAAAGAACAGCCCCAACAAGGCGAGCUGGGCCUGGGGACCGGAGGGACACGGGGCCAUCCUGCUGGUCAGCUGUGACAAGGAAUUCCCCUUCAUCCCGCCCUCCGACUGCGACAGCGAGCAGGUGUUCAACAGGGAAGAUUUGCUGGACAUGGCUCAGAUGGUGCUGAGGACAGAGGGGCCCCAGCGCCUGCCCCGGGGCUACGAAAUCGUCCUCUCCGUUUCUGUCAGUGACGCCGACAAAGUUGGGGUCUUCCAUGUGCAGAAUCCCUUCUUCGGGCAGCGCUAUGUGCAGGUGCUGGGCCGCAGGAAGCUGUUCCACGCCGUGCCCUACCCCGGCGGGGCCGCCGAGCUCCACUUCUUCGUGGAGGGGCUGCGCUUCCCCGAUGAGACCUUCUCCGGGCUGGUGUCCAUCCACGUCAGCCUCCUGGAGCCGCUGGCAGAGGGCAUCCCCCACUCGCCGAUCUUCACGGACACCGUGGUGUUCCGGGUGGCACCGUGGAUCAUGACCCCCAGCACCCUGGCCCCGGUGAACCUCUUGGUGUGCAGCAUGAAGGACAACUACCUGUUCACCAAGGAGAUCCAGAGCCUGGUGGCCAAGGCCGGCUGCAAGCUGAAGGUUUGCUUUGGCUACAUCAACCGCGGGGACCGCUGGAUGCAGGAUGAGAUCGAGCUCGGCUACACCCAGGCUCCGCACAAGAGCUUCCCGGUGGUGCUGGACUCCCCUCGGGAGAGAGGGAUGGAGCAACUCCCCGUCAAGGAGCUGCUGGGCCCCGAUUUCGGCUACGUGCACAAGGAGCCCCUCUUCGAGGCCGCGGCCAGCCUGGACUCCUUCGGGAACGUGGAGGUCAGCCCGCCCGUGUCCGUGGCUGGCAAGGAGUAUCCCUUGGGAAGGAUCCUCAUCGGCAGCAGCUUCCCCGCAUCCGCGGGCCGCAGGAUGACCAGGCUGGUGCGGGAUUUCCUCUACGCCCAGCGCGUCCAGGCCCCCGUGGAGCUCUACUCUGACUGGCUGGCCAUGGGCAACGUCAAUGAGUUUGUCACCUUUGUCCCCACCUCUGACAAAAAGCGAUUCCGGAUGCUGCUGGCCAGCCCGGCCGCCUGCUACCGGCUCUUCCGCGAGAAGCAGAAGGAGGGACAGGGAGAAGCCACCAUGUUCAAAGGGUACUCGGGGACAGACACCAAGCGCGUCACCAUCAACAAGGUGCUCUCCAACGACGUCCUGGCGCAGCAGAACCAGUACGUGCAGCGCUGCAUCGACUGGAACAGGGAUAUCCUCAAGAAGGAGCUGGGCUUGCUGGAGGAGGACAUCAUCGACCUGCCGGCCCUCUUCAAGCUGGACAAGCAGGGAAAAGCCGUUCCCUACUUCCCCAACACGGUGUUCCGGCAGGCACAGACAGCGGCGGCGGCGCCGCGGCUGAAGAAAUUCGCCAUCUACAGAUGGGACCCCGACAAGGCCGGGGACAAACCCCGCAUGCAGACCUACGAGGUGGAUCUGAACAAGUGUGGGCCCAUGGUGCUUGAUGCCCUGAUCAAGAUCAAGAACGAGAUGGACUCCACGCUGACCUUCCGCAGGUCCUGCAGGGAGGGGAUCUGCGGCUCCUGCGCCAUGAACAUCGCUGGCGGCAACACCCUGGCCUGCAUCAAAAAAAUCGACAGUGACCUCAGCAAAGUCACCAAAAUCUACCCCCUGCCCCACAUGUACGUGGUGAAGGACCUGGUUCCGGACCUGAGUAACUUCUACGCGCAGUACAAAUCCAUCGAGCCCUACCUGAAGAAGAAGGACGAGUCGCAGGAGGGCAAGCAGCAGUACCUGCAGUCCAUAGAGGACCGCCAGAAACUGGACGGGCUCUACGAGUGCAUCCUGUGUGCCUGCUGCAGCACCAGCUGUCCCAGCUACUGGUGGAACGGGGACAAGUACCUGGGCCCCGCCGUGCUCAUGCAGGCGUACCGCUGGAUGAUCGACUCCCGCGAUGAGUUCACGGAGGAGCGCCUGGCGCAGCUGCAGGAUCCCUUCUCCCUGUACCGCUGCCACACCAUCAUGAACUGCACCCGCACCUGCCCCAAGGGGCUGAACCCCGGCAAAGCCAUCGCAGAGAUCAAGAAGAUGAUGGCGACCUACAAGCAGAAGGCGGCGACUGCCUGAGGGCGGAGUGGCCCCGGAGUGACCCCGGAGUGGCCCCGGAGUGGCCCCGGAGUGGCCCUGGAGUGACCCUCACACCUGGGCGGCUCCAGCAGGGCGUUGCCUGUGCACCUGCAAUAAAGGCUGUAAAGAACA